AUGACGCAGAUUUUGUCCAAGUCGGCCGGUGGCGUACUUCAAAUUCCAGCCUCUGCGACUCAGAAAAACGCGUCUUCUCCGGCCAAAUCAGUACCGAAGGCCGCAGCCCCGCGGUUGAAGUUACUUGUACGGCGUCUACCACCGGGAUUGACGCAGGAGGAAUUCGAGACGGCACUGGGCGCGGAAUGGAAGCUUGGUGCCGGCAAGGCUAGCUGGUAUCAAUAUAAACCUGGGAAGGUCUCGAAAGACCCGGCCAAACCCUCCCGCCCGUCUCGCGCAUACAUCAAUGUCUCCUCCAGCGAUCAUAUCAGCCCUCUCUCGGACAAAGUCCGGGGGACAUCAUUCAUAGACGCUCGCAACACCGCCAACGAUCCUAUUCUUCUCGGCCCUCCUACCCUUGAAUUUGCUCCUUACGCCAAGAUCCCUGGAAGUCGUGUUCGCAAGGAUGCCCGUCAGGGAACAAUUGACCAGGAUCCGGAGUUUAUACUUUUUCUCGAGAGUCUUACGCAACCUAUCACGAAGUCUGGGCCUCUAGAAUCCACCGCGGAUGGUGAAGACAAGAAGGAAGCCAUAACGACGACUCCGUUGGUGCAAUACAUCAAGGAGAAGAAAGCAAACAAGGCAAAGGAAGCUGCAAACAAGUCAUCCAGGGGCAGGUCAGAAAGAGAAUCAAAAUCCGAAAAGGUUCAGUCGAAAAAGCUACUGCAACGACCUGAGAAGGAAGUUGCUCAGCCGGCCAACGCUGAAAAGACCGAGAAGAAGUCAAGGACCGAGAGGGCUACGAAGGAGGCAGUGAAAGCUGCGAACAAGCAGGCCGCUAAUGUGGCUUCCAAACAAACUGCCAAGGCGGCUACAGCACAAAACUCACCCAAGGAGCCGACACAACCGGCUGCUGAGCGGAAGAGGGAACGUGGAAACGUAGCUGCCGUUGGGAAAAUACUGCAGCGAGACCUGGGACUGGCACCGUCUAGCAAUCGUCGAAGAGGUGGACGGGGAGCUGCCGCCGAUGGUGACGGCAGAGCAAAUCAGGCUGCUCCCCCCUCAGAGACGGCCAAGAAGGAGACACCUACCAAAUCACCUAGAGGUCCGGCUCAGGAUACCAAGGCGAAACGGAGCAAUACUCCUCAACCUGGCGAAACACCAAACUCUCAACGUUCUGAAACCAGCACUCCAGCUCCAGCUACGUCUACACCCAGGGCCCCCAGAUCAAGAGGCAAGCAAGCCUCGGCACCUACACCACCAACACCCGCCGCCUCCACCGCGACGCAGGCAUUCCUCAAACACGCCAACCCGUCACAAGGAGUGACUGAGCCUCUGCUCGAGACUGCUUUUGCGCCAUUCGGUAAAGUCCUAAAGGUGGAAAUUGACAAGAAGAAAGGAUUCGGUUAUGUUGAUUUCGCCCAGCCAGAUGGACUGCAGAAAGCAAUCGCUGCUAGCCCAGUCACCGUUGCACAGAGCCAGGUUGUUGUCCUAGAGAGGAAAGCAAACCCAAGCGCGGAGAAAGGCCGUGGGAAGGGUCGCGGCGGCGAGGCCAAACCCCCUCUCAACCCGAGCGGGGAUAGCAACAGCAAAGCCGGUGGUGGGAAGCCUAGCGAAGGGGGUACAGGUGGCGGCGGCACGUCCUCUCGUUCUCGGCGCGGUGGACGAGGUAGAGGUGGUCAAAAGAACAAGGAUGGAGGGGGUGAGAAGGGUGGUGGUGGUAAUGGCGGAGGCGGAAAUGCAACUGCGUCGGAGCAGAAGCCCGCAGAAACGAAAUGA